AUGAGCUUGCUCCGCGCCUUUCUUUUCCGCUACCUACCUCAGCGACAACUACCCAACCCCAAUCGCUUGGUGUCAGCAGGAAGGCUAAGAGCACCAGGACUCAGUGCGAGACUUCCUCUUGCAACUGGACUCUGGCAUUAUGUCGGGGACUCAACGCAGUGGAAUAGAUUGAACUCAACCAAGGCCAGCCAGCCGAACGACAAGAAGAGGAAGCCUAGACUGACAAAGGAAGAGGAUGAGGAAAGAAGAAAGAAACGGGAGGAAAGGAAAAAGAAGCAGGAGGAAGCUGUCAAGAGGUUCAACAAGUUCAUGGGCAAAAGAAAGCUCAAGGAUUGGCAGAAACUGUGCAAGACCAUUGGCCUGAAGGGGGAGUUUAAGAGUAUUCAGAGUUGUCGGGAGGCGAUCGAAGGCGUGCAUGUCAACAUCUAUGAUGUCCUCGACGCCGACAGGAUCAAUCAAGCUGGAGGGAAGAGAUUGCCACGACGCUUCAGCACCCCUUAUGAGCUGUCGGAGUACACCAAGCGAGGGGAAAAAUUUUACCCGAGAGAGGAGGUCAAGAAGGGCGAGCCGGAGGAGGCGUUGUUGAAGCAUAUCCACAACCCGCGAUUGGAUGAGGAGCGGCAGAAAAGGAAGGAGGAGAUGCGGAAGAAGAAUGAGGAGGAGGAGAAGAUGCGGAAGAAGAAAGAGGAGGAGAAGAUGCGGAAGAAGAAGGAGGAAGAGGAGAAGAUGCGGAAGAAGGAGGAGGAGAAGAUGCGGGGGAAGAAGGAGGAGGAGAUGGAAACCAAGGCUGCAAACGAAACCUCCUGA